AGUGUAUCCCACAUAUGAUUUUGCGUGCCCCAUUGUGGACAGCGUUGAGGGGGUCACGCAUGCCUUACGUACCACUGAGUAUCAUGACAGAGAUGAGCAGUUCUACUGGGUAAUAGAUGCCCUUGGUUUGCGUAAACCGUACGUCUGGGAAUAUGCCAGACUCAAUCUUAACAACACUUUGCUCUCCAAGAGGAAGCUCACCUGGUUUGUCGACCAGGGCUAUGUGGAUGGCUGGGAUGACCCUCGUUUCCCCACAGUCAGAGGUGUGCUGCGUAGAGGAAUGACUGUCGAGGGACUCAAACAAUUUAUUUCUGCUCAGGGAGGCUCGAGAUCGGUAGUCAAUAUGGAGUGGGACAAGAUCUGGGCAUUCAACAAGAAGCUGCCAGUUAGCUGUAAAAAGGUCAUUGACCCAAUAGCCCCAAGAUACACUGCCCUACUAAGCUCGCAGUUUGUUCCAGUCUGCAUUUCUGAGGCCAAGGAGGAGAUGAAAGAGGUUGCCAAACAUCCCAAGAAUGCAGAUGUGGGAAUGAAGCAGGUGUGGUACGGGCCAAAGGUCCUUAUUGAGGGAGCUGAUGCAGAAACUUUCACAGAGGGUGAGACCGUCACCUUCAUCAACUGGGGAAACAUCAUAAUCACCAAAAUCCACAGAGUGUAUCCCACAUAUGAUUUUGCGUGCCCCAUUGUGGACAGCGUUGAGGGGGUCACGCAUGCCUUACGUACCACUGAGUAUCAUGACAGAGAUGAGCAGUUCUACUGGGUAAUAGAUGCCCUUGGUUUGCGUAAACCGUACGUCUGGGAAUAUGCCAGACUCAAUCUUAACAACACUUUGCUCUCCAAGAGGAAGCUCACCUGGUUUGUCGACCAGGGCUAUGUGGAUGGCUGGGAUGACCCUCGUUUCCCCACAGUCAGAGGUGUGCUGCGUAGAGGAAUGACUGUCGAGGGACUCAAACAAUUUAUUUCUGCUCAGGGAGGCUCGAGAUCGGUAGUCAAUAUGGAGUGGGACAAGAUCUGGGCAUUCAACAAGAAGCUGCCAGUUAGCUGUAAAAAGGUACUCCUACUCCCACUCCUUCCUUCGUCCUCUUGUUCCUCUUCCUCGAGUUUCCUCUGCCCCCUGCAUUGUCUGUUCCUUCUUUCCCUCUAA